UUCUGAUGUGAGAAGGCAGCACACACAUACGUGCCCUGCUGCAUCAAGGCAGGAGGGAGCUCACACGCUGCCCGUCCGACUCGCAUUUUCCCCAGUGACGAAACUGAGGCCGCAGAGAGGGCCCAAGAGCCCGAGCACUGACCUUGCUGCUUCCCCAUCCCCGGCUCUAGUUCUCGCCGUGUGCGGUCCAGCAGCUCCGCCAGGCCCACCGUCCCGUUCACUCCCGCAGUAAAGCGCCACUCACAUGUGGCUGGUGCUGCUGUCUUCCCUGUUACAGAUGGGGAAACGGUCAUGGAUGCAGUGACCCGCCCCAGGUCGCAGGCUCAUAGUAGGGCGUAGAGCCGGGGCUGGAAUUGGGCCAGGAUUGGUUUGACGUCAUCCUUGAAGUCCUAAUUCUUCCCAGCCCUCUUAGGAACAUCAAAUACCCCAUCUUGCUGUCUGCCUGGGGGCGGUGAUUGGGGCCUGGGGCUGCAGGGCCCCGGCGGGGAGGGUGGCACAUCCUGAGUGGGCCAGGGAUACUUUUGCCUCCUUGAGGUCCUUUUCUCCGUAAGAAAAAAAUUAAGUUCUAUUUCAUGAUGUGUUGGUUUAAAGCUGAGUGUAUUAUAUAUUACAGCAUUUUCUUCCAUCUAAAAGUUUGAGUGUCUUGUGGCACUUGGCUCGCCCAGUUGGCAAAGCAUGCAACGCUAGAUCUCGGGGUCGUGAGUUCGAGCCCCACAUCAGGUGUAGAGAUUACUUACAAAUAAAAUAUUAAAAAAAAAAAAAAAAAAAAGCAAUUACCCUAUGACUCAGCAAUUCCACCCCAGGUGUGUAUCCGAGAACGGAAAACAGGUCCACACAAAACUUGGGCAUGAGCGCGCAUGACAGCCUUACUUACAGAAGCCAAACAGCGGGAAUGGGUGUCAGCGGAGGAGCCGGUGAAUAAAAUGCCUGGUUUCCAUCCGGUGGGAUGAAAGUUCCACAGCCCUGAGGAAGAACCAACUCCCGCCUCGUGCUAUUGCGUGGACGAACCUGGACAACAGGAUGCUAGGUGACAGAAACCAGACGCAAGAUGUGUGUGAUUCCGUUGCCGUGAAAUGUCCGGCACAGGCAAGUCUGUAGAGGCAGAGAGCGGGUGCGAGGUUGCCAGGGGAGCUGGGAAUGGGGAGUGACUUUCAAUGGGUACAGACUGUCCUCUUGGGGUGUUGCAAAUGUGCUGACCUUGGUGAUGCUUGCACAACCUUGUGAAAACCCACUGAGCUGUAUGCUUUAAAAGGAUGAAUUUUAUACUGUGUGAAUUCUAUCUUCUUUUGAAUUAUGUCUCAAUUUAAAAAAAAUAGAGCCAAAGGGAGUAAAGUAUGUGGAGGCUUGUCAGCUGUCAGAGGUCCUUCGUCUGGCUCCAGAUUCUUCCUUCAGACAAGAAUGUGGCCUUGUGGAGGGAGGGCAGGGCGCAGAGAUGGCAGCAGGACCAGGGGGGCUAUGGGUGGGGCUGGAGCUGGACAGGUCGGGACCUCUGCUCUGUUCUCCACUCCCUGGGUGGGGAUGGAAGGCCAGAGGGAGGCUCCUGGCACCCGGGGUGUGGGAAUCUCAGGCAUGUGGCCCUGAGCCCAUGUUUCCAGAGACUGGGUCCUCUCCAGGGCUGGGAGGCUGGGUGGGACCCCUGUUCAGACAUGGGAGUCUCUGGCCUCCUGGCUGGCAUCUGGGGGGCCGGUGGCAUCCGCCUCCCUCCCGGCAGUGGGGCCUGGCACUGGCCUGCCCCACCCUGCAGCCCUGCCUAGCUCCCUCCUCAUGGUAGGCUGGGCCAGUGGGAGGGGUGGGGUGCAUUUACAUUUUCAGGUCUUUCCAGCCCUGGCCGGCCUGGAAGCCUGACUAACCAGCUCCUCCAGGGUCAAGGUGUUGGGGGAGGGGGUGCAGCAGGAGGUGGCCAGAUCGCCCUGGGCUGUGGAUGUGGAAGAAGCCCCAGCUUGGGCAGCCAUCAUGGGACUCUCCCAGAGGCAGCCUGGCCCAUUGCUGUCUCUCCUCCUCAUGGGGGCGCUGGUCUGGCCCCCGCCCUGUAUGAGCCUGGAGCUGAUCCCCUACACGCCGCAGAUAACAGCCUGGGACCUGGAAGGGAAGGUCACAGCCACCACGUUCUCCCUGGAGCAGCCACGCUGUGUCCUGGAUGGGCAUGCCGCUGUUGCCAACACCAUCUGGCUGGUGGUGGCCUUCAGCAACGCCUCCAGGGACUUCCGGAACCCACAGACGCUGGCUGAGAUCCCAGCCUUCCCACGGCUGCUGACCGAUGGCCACUAUAUGACGCUGCCCCUGUCCCUGGACCAGCUGCCCUGUGAGGACCCCGUGGGGGGCGGCAGGGGCAUCCCCCUGCUUCGGGUGGGCAAUGACCCUGGCUGCCUUGCUGACCUCCGUGAGCCACCCUUCUGCAACACCCCCCUCCCCAGCCCUGGACCUUACAGGGUGAAGUUCCUCCUGAUGGACGCCAGCGGCUCACCCCAGGCCGAGACCAGGUGGUCCGACCCCAUUACUCUCCACCAAGGGAAGGCCCCAGGCUCUAUCGACACGUGGCCAGGGCGGCGAAGCGGUGACAUGAUUGUCAUCGCCUCCAUCCUCUCCUCUCUGGCCGGCCUCCUGCUCCUGGCCUUCCUGGCUGCAUCCACCGUGCGCUUCUCUAGCCUGUGGUGGCCGGAGGAAGUCCCGGAGCAGCUGCGGAUUGGCUCCUUCAAGGGGAAGCGCUACAUGACCCACCACAUCCCACCCACUGAGGCCGCCACCCUGCCCGUGGGCUAUGAGCCUGGCCUGGACCCCCUCCCCAGCCUCAGCCCCUAGCCUGGUGGAAGGGGCUGGGGCGGGGCCCUGGGAAGUUGGGGGCCACAUACGCAGUGCGCAUUCCCAGCUCCUGCGCCCACAUGCCCCUCCCCCAUUGCGCCUCCCUACCCGCCCGAUGUCCCACCACCUGCAGCCCUGCCUUUGCCUUUUCCAUUCUGCCCUCUCCAGGCAACUGAAGUUGCAUCAAGUCUGGGGGGAGGGUCAUGGUCAGGCCAGCAUGCAGCCCCCACUUCCAACCCUACCUCUGUGAGAGGUAAUGUGGAGAGGCCACACUGACCAGAAGCUUCCAGGCUCCAGGAGGGGCCCAGUGGGGGCCUUGCUCUGCCCUGUCCAGGGGACUGGGCCAGGCCCAUCACCGGGUGCAUGAAGUCCGAGCCUCCCUCUGUCUCUCUGUCCUACCUUCCAGUGGCUGGGGCUGCAGUGAAGCCUUCAGAGGCACCUCCAUUGUCCCCCGGGCAGGGGCACUUUCUGAGGGUGGCCAGAAGUUCAGAGUGUAGAGGCACAUUGUGGCCGUCUGACCACUGAUUCCACCACUUCCAACCCUAUUGCACACACAGAUGGCUUACUCAUUCUCGCUCCACCAACAUUUAUUAAGCACCUGCUGUAUGCCACUGCCAGUGUUAGACAUGGAGCCUCAGGAGGAACCAGUCCUGAACUUGGGGAGCUCACUCACCACUCUGGACCUGAGAUGACCACGUGCCCAGAUGUGACCUGUUACUGUUAGGGCUGUCAGAUUGCCACAUACCCUCGGGUUCAAGCUCCUUAGAUGCUCACCCCAAUGGGCUCUCUGAGGCCCCGGAGCCCCCCACCAUCAGGCAGUACACACUUUAGACUUCCCCCUAGCGUCCGACUUCUCGCAGGGCCGGUGGGUCCAGCUUUGGCCACACGGUGGCGCCGGUGCGCCGCAGCCGUCCGGCCCCGCGCACGCGCACUCGUAUUCACAGACCCGCCUGAGGCAAUUGACUGGCAGGUUCCAACGGUGACCUGAUGCUGAGGAGCCGUCGCCACUUUCUGGAGGUCAGGGCUCCAGACCUCAUCUGGGUCAAGCCAGAGGGAUGAGCAGUCACGCACUCGCUUGAGGGCCGUCCAGUCUACACAACCGCCACCAUUUUCUAGAUGGAGAAACUGAGGCUGGGCGACUUGUCCUCCACGCUCUGCCCACUGCCGCCCCUCCCACCACCGCCACGCCCCUCUUGUCCCCGGGCAUCUCCCAUCUUAUCCGGUGGGACCGCGGCUCCCAGCAUGCAGGCUCCCCCGCCCCUGCACGGCGCCCGGCCGUGACCCAUGUGUACCCGCCCUCCUCAGAGGUGAAUAAACGCGGUCUCCGUCCCCCUAGCGGUGCCCGCGCUGGUGUGGGGAAAGGGGCAUCUGCGCCCGGGGCCCAGCCCCGUUUCACCCCUUCCACCCUGGGGUCUGCCCCGAGCCUGUCCUUUUGACGCACAGCCCUAACUGCAUUUUCGAGGUGCCCCAUCUCCUAAUGGGCCCCAGGGAAACUCAUCCUUGCCUUUCAGGGCCAAGAGGCCACCGCUAAUGCAGCUUCCGCGGAUUUAGCAGUACUGUCUCCCAGGCAAACACUUCAGGGAGGUUUUGCUUUCAAAACCCAUGAAGCCCUGGUCCCUAGUGGUUUAUCCUCCAUCCUACUUGCAGCCCCUUCGGCCGCAAUACCUCCAGGUGCAGGCAGAAGCCGAUUCAAAUGCAGUCAGGAGCUCAGGCUCCUGUGUCCUGGGUGACAUCUGGCCAUGGGAGCCAGCCGCUUUGGGCAGCCGCUUUUGAAAUGCUGCUGCUGUGGAACCUAGGUCCCUCUUGGCCUCUAAGCCUUCCAAGUGCCUCCCACCCUCACCAGCUGUGUCCAACAGCGCCUGUCUCGCGCUGUCCAGGCCUGGCUCCAGCACCAGAUGGAGAGGCCCUCUGGGCCCAGACACCCAGCUCGGGUAUGGCGAGGAGGAAAAGGGUUCCACUGGUGUUGGCUGAGUGAAAACAUGAACGAACCAGCUCAGGGCCGGAAGAUCAGGCAGCAGCAAGAAUUGCCCUGAGCUCCUGUGUGUCCCAGGGCCCUCUUGUGGCUUAUUCUUAGUGCCGGAACCUGUGCUGAUCCCAGGUACAGCCCCAGCGAUGUCUCCUGUGUGUGCAGGGCACCCCGGAGCCCUGUGAGGAGCUGUGUUUGCCCCAUCCGACCAUGUAGGGCUUGACUGUGAAGAUGGGCCCAAAACAGACACUACAGCACAGUAGGUGAAGCGUGGCUGCGGGAGUGGGGGGGGGGGGUGACCCCACCCGAGGUCAAGGGGGCUUCCCAAGGGUGACUUCUGAGAGGAGUCUUUAGGGGCACAUGGAAGUGAGUCAAGUAGGAGGGGAGGGAGGGAGAAAGAGAGAGCAAGAGAGUCAGGGAGACCAGUGAACAGUCUCCCCCUCGAUGGCACAAAUGGUGCCCCGGGGGGCUGGCAGCAGGGACUAGGAGACAGGAGGCCAGAGCAAGGGGGACUGGCCUGGUCUUCCAGGCAAAUGGAACCAGGCCUGAACCAGGGCAGACAAAGGGAGUUGGAGAGGAGGAGGUGGAUUCCAGAAUAUUCAGGAGGUGACCCAAGGAACUGGGACUUCAUAGAUGAGAGAGAUGCCCCAGGAGAGGCCAUGCUCGGGUUUCUGAUGGGGGUGGAGUGGGGUGUGUGACUGGAAAAUGGAGGCGCUUUAUGUUCUGAAAGUGGUUCCGUCCCCCAGCUUGCUUCAGAGCAGACUUCUGGAAAAGGGGGUUCUGGGGACACCAUCUUAGCAGAUGGGUGCAUUCAGAAGAACGUUAACAAGUCGUUAAUAUUUUACGAGCCUGUCCUGGGUCAGGGGGAGGCCACCCUGUGACUCCGCCAGAAUGGGGUGUUCUGGCCCAGGGCUGUGGUGACCAGCACGCCAGGGUGUCGCAGAAGCCACUUGGAGAAAGGGCAGCAGGAUUGGUCAUGGCCAGCACAGGCCCUGAGGAAGCAUGUCGGGGCAUUCUGCCCCAGAGUCACGCUUCAGAGGGUUACCAGCCGGACCCCAGCUCUGCACGGGCCAGAUCGUGACAGCCUUGAGUAGAGCCUGUAGUGACAGCCAUGUGAUGGUGCAUCUUUUAUUAAAUAGCGUUUAAAAUUUUUCCCCAGGGCUAUAUUUGACAGAGGGCCUCCAAAUCCGUUGGCGUGUAAGGUAAUGGCUCAGUGGCAAAAAACAAGUUCAUUGUUAAAAAGAAAAAAACAGCAGCAGUUGUGGGGGUGAUGACUCUCAGAUGACUCAUCAGACCAGAAAUCGAAAGGAUCAGGAUGACAGCAGGUGGAAACCAAGCGGGGGUGGGGGGGUGGGGGGGGUACUGAGCACUCUCUCGCACCCCCUGGGUUCACUUCGUCUGUGCCUCUGAACCACCUAUUCCUGCCCGUUGUCCCUGCAACCCCCAGCCAGCCCCCUCCUGCCUCUGGCAGCAUUCCUGACCCCCACAGCCCUCCUCCUCUCAGUAUCCAGAGGGACCAGAUUGUGAACCUGAUGGUGUUCACCUUUGCUCCCAACUUGCAGUCACUUCCUGCUGCAAGACCAGAGUCUAGAUUCACCAUCUCAGUUUUGAGGCCCCAUUGAUCCAUCCCUUAUUCCCUGUGUUCUGGCCACACAGGUCCCUGGUUAGCCCUGCUGCCACAGGGCCUUUGCACUUGCUUUCCCACCUCAGUGUAAGACAUUUCUCCACCUCGCUCCUCUAGAUCAUUCAUCAGCUCCAGUGUGGCUUCUGCAGGGAAGCCCUUUCUGACCCUUCAGCUCUCCUGGAGCCCUCUUCUUUCUCUUCUCAGCACGUCUUCCAUUUUGUAGUUAGACAUUAAAAAGGGUGACUUUUGCAUCUCUCCCACUAAACUGUGAACUCCAGGAGGUCAGGGACCAUGUCUGAUUUGCUCACCAAGGUGCCCCUGGAACUAACACAGUGCCUGACUCCCCGUGGGUGCUUAAUGAACAUUUGUUGACUGACUGCCUUAUAAAAGGCAAAGAUAUGUUCACGUUCUUUUUUAAAAAAAUAUCAGCUUCAGGGGCACCUGGGUGGCUCAGUCGGUUAAGUGUCAGAUUCUUGAUUUCGGCUCAGGUCAUGAUUUCCCGGUUUGUGAGUGUGAGCCCCACGUUGGGCUCUGUGCUGACAGCAUGGAGUCUGCUUGGGAUUCCCUCUCUGCCCCUCCCCUGCCCUCUCUCUCUCUCUCUCUCUUUCUCUCUCUCGGAAUACAUAAAUAAACUUAAAAAAAUAAUCAGCUUCAUUGAGAUAGAAUUCAAAUACC